UCGGAAGAAAAAAUGCAUUUAAACGGACUGAUAACGUUUUUGCUGUCCGGUUUGUGAACGAUUUUCUGGAAGCUUCAAAACCACACAGGUUAGAAAAUACUCAGAUCUGAGAAGAUGCAUAGAAACUCCAAAUCAUCCAGGAAUGCUCUCAACUUGAUAUAAUAAUCCUUGCAACUGAGAAACUUUGGUGUGCAGGUUUUCCAUAAAGAUGGCAUCAGAAGGUGGUGACUUCAAUGCAGACACAAGUCUCGAUUCCAUCAUUAAUGUGUUCGGGCUUACAUCCAGUGAAACUCUCAAUGGAUUUGCUGAAAUGUGGUACCAGGUUUUCCUAUGGGCUCUCUUCUCAUCCAUUUUUGCCCAUGUGGUGGCAGCUUUGAUAGCAUUCUGUCGACUACGGAAACAUCGAUAUGGACGUUGGAUUCCUGCUGUUUUACUAGGCAUGGGUGUUCUCUCCCCUCUCACUGGUGGUGUGAUCACAAGUGCAGCCAUCGCCGGGUUUUACCGAGGGUCAGAUUUUGUGAUGAAACCAUUCUAUGCUUUGUGUUGGGGAUUUGCACAAACUCUUUUUGUGAUUAUUGUGUCAUUUACAAGAAUUUUAUCAACUUUAUGAUGAUGCAGCUUAAGACUGAUAUUUUAAUAAAAGUUGUUGUUUACAAUGAUUUAAAAUGGACAGCAUCACCAUUUCCUAUUUAUCUUUUGUGGAAGAAACCAGUGAGGACAACAAAAAGAAAAUUUCAGUUUUUCUGUCAGUGAAAUGUAAUACAUAUUUAUAUUUCAAAAACAAGUGUGUGUCAUAUCCUGAAAUACAGAUGUGUAGUAAUUGUUCACUUCACUGCCUCCCGAGGGAUCAAACCUGGGACCACUAGCGUACUAGUCUGAUGAUUGUGUGAUCAAGCUAAAGACAGGAUCUCUUUAGUAGAACGGUAUAUUACAGCUAGUAUUUACCAGUGUUCUUAAAAGGACCCAUUAAAGUGUUAACGAUGGAUAAAGUUGAUAGGAUAGAGGGGAUUUGUCUAACAACUUUCCUAUAUGUGGAAAUGUGAGAUUAAUUUCUAAGUAUGAUGUCAGUCUUCAUUAAAAUUUGAUCUGGAGCAUCUUUAGAUGAAGGGAACAGAGUGUUGUGUCAGUGAUGAUGAGUUUGACCUUCUUUGUAGGGCAAGCUAAGUUGCCAUUUAUUCCUGGAGCGAUGUUAAUCUUGUUCUUAACCAAAUCGUAUAUGACAUCUAAUUUAGUAAACAAGAUAUCUAAUUAUCUUUUUUGAUGAAAGAAAAUGUAUUAAGAUGUAUUUGAUAAUAUUAAAUUUAAUAUGUCCUUCACUGGGAGCCAGGAAGGACUAUAGUUUUGCAUAUUGUCUCUCUUUCUGUCAGCUACUUUGUCCAGGAUGUAUCUCUUACACUACUUGUCGGUGGAGUUUCAUACUUGAUGGAAAGGUUUGCGUUGGUAAGGUGGUGUGUUGGCCAUUUAUGUCAAAUUGUGUUUUUACCUUUAUAUCUAAUUCACUAUAUUAGACAUCUUGUGUAAACAAGUUAGAUGUAAUAUUUGAUAAAUUAGGUAUUGUAUUUAAUUAAGUUCAGGCACUGAAUCAAUAUUGCUCCAUAAAUAUAUGACAACUUAACUUGGUUGCAAUACUUCUGUUCUUGAGAAGCAAAUGGCAGAACAGGGCAUAUUUGUAACAGGAUAGCUUGUCAUACGUUAAACAGAAAUCUAUCAAGGGUUCCAAGUAGUUUAAAUUAAAUCUUCUUUCGAUUUUUACACAUCCAAGGACUCAAGUUUUUAAGUUUUCUUUGAAUUCCUUGAAGCUGUUUCUGUAAAUUUUCUGCUUUGUUGACCUGUUAAAGCGUUUCAAUUUCAUUCUGUCAAUUAUACAUAUAACUGGUAAUUUGUAUCUAUUUCAGUCUACUAAUGUGUUUACAUAAAAAAAGUCUUAAAGAGAUCUUGCAGUAAUUUAAUAUUUAACAUAAUGAGUUACAGGCUGAUGGUGUGUGGAUA